AUGGGCUGGUUCGACGGCCGCUCCACCACCACCCGCUCCAACCGCUCCUCCUCGCCAAAUCUCUACUAUGUCCGCCGAAAAGCCUCACCCUCGCGCAGUAAAUCAGGCUACUCAACUCACCACUCGCGGCACUCGGCCCCCUCAAUCUUCAGCCUCGGCCGCACCGGCGGACGCUCCAGUCCCGCCGCCUCGAUGUUCUCGGCUUUUUCAUCCUCCUCGCGCCGAGCCCGGCCGCGCGAGGGCUUCGUGCAGCGCAUGAUCCAUUCCAUCAAGCGCCUGCUGCGCGAUAUCUACCGCUACAUGCGCCGGCACCCGAUCAAGGUCCUUUUGCUGGUCAUUGUGCCGCUGCUGACGAGUGGUGUUCUGCCGAAUGCCGCGAACCCGGGACAUGGUGGAAUUGGGGGUGGGUUGGGUGGAUUGGGAGGUGUGGGUGGCAUGGGUGGGAAGGGGCUGUCCGAGAGUGUCAGUGGGCUGGUUAGUCUGGCGAAGAUGUUUGCUUAA